AUGUGUUCAAUUCCUGGGCUCCCGACACCAGGUUCAGAUGUAACCAUUCUUAUUACCAGGGUCAACUUAAAUCCUCUCUGUGUUCUAGUAGAGUUCUGGGGCAAUUUUGAUCAAGAGAGAAAGGCUGUUUAUCAGCGAAUGAGAAGAGAGAUUCAGUUUCCCAGGGAAGCAUUUCACGAAUCUGAAGGAAAUCCUGGAGACCUGUGCCUCGUUAAAAUUUUUGAAACUUGGUAUAGAGCUCGAGUAGUGUCAAGAAACGGGUCAAAUUACAAUGUGUUCCUAAUUGAUGAAGGAAGAACACUGAGUGCCACAACCAGCACUUUGGCAUGGGGUCAGAAAGAUGUUUUCCACCUACCACCUGAGGUGGAAUUCUGUGUCCUUGCCAAUGUAUUGCCUCUGUCACCUGAGAAUAGGUGGUCUCCAAUGGCCAUAGAAUUCCUGAAAUCUCUGUGUGGCAGAACUGUGACUGGAUAUGUUCAGGAUGUGCUGGUGCCUCAUAGAACAUUCCUCCUUGAUAUUCCAUGUAUAUCCAAACAGAUGUAUGAAAUGGGAUUUGCUAAGAAACUGUCUACGGAGAAGUUCAAAUUCUUCGUUGCAAGAUCACUGCAAUCACUGAGUGGGGCAGUGGCUGCAACUGAUUCCCAGCAGAUAUCCUCCAUGAGAAAUGAACCAAUGGAGACCCAUAGUCAGAUUGAGAAACUGCAGUGUUAUAUGUAUCCAGAACUGCAGACUGACACCGUUGAGACUGUAAUUGUCACAGAGGUAACCAAUCCACUGCGCAUUUUUUGUCAGUUGAAGGUUUUCUCUCAAGAACUGAAGAAACUGACUGAACAGGUCACCCAGCAUUUUGAGGGUAGAUUGGGAACAGCAAAGGGAAGACCAGAAACUUUAGGCUCUGCGUGUGCCUCAAGGGGAAGCGAUGGCAAGUGGUAUCGAUCUGUUUUACAGCAAAUCCUUCCUUCCAAUAGCAUAGUGGAAGUACUGCAUGUGGAUUAUGGAAAGAAAGACUUUGUUCAGUUUGAGAACAUUAGACCAUUAUGUGCAGAGUUUCUGAGAAUGCCUGUUGUAACUUAUGUCUGCUCACUCCAUGGAAUAAUUGAUAAGGGUGUUGGAUGGACAGCCGCUCAGAUCAAUUAUCUGAAAUCCUUGAUCCUUCACCGAACUGUGAUUGCUAAAUUUGAGUACCAAAGCUUGUCAGAAGGCGUCCACUAUGUAACGCUCUAUGGAGAUGAAAAUGUGAACAUCAACAGGCUGUUUGGCAUGAAGGAAAAGUGUCUGGUGGGGUCUGAGAGAACUCGUGGAGAUUAUUCUAUUCGAAAAGGUGUAGCGACUCAGAAAUGUCCAGAUGCAGUAGGAAAUGAAACUCAAAGGUAUUGUCCUGUACCGUCUUACUCUGCUGAAGAAAUUCAGGCAAAGGUUGCAGCAGAAAGUUUACCAAUCAAUUCAUCCCAUUUAGCAGUUGUUCAGUAUGUCGACAGCCCUUCAGAAUUCUGGAUUCAGACACAACGGUAUGCUAAGGAAUUUGAUCAGUUGAUGAAUGAGAUCAGUGAUCUGUAUGACAGUUCAACUAGUGCAGAAGGACUUGUCAGAAACCUGACCAUUGGUCUCUUUUGUGCUGCCAGAUCACAGGACACUGUUUUUUAUAGGGCUAUUGUAAGCGAAGUCAUAGGAAAACAGGUUAAAGUGUAUUUCGUUGACUACGGAAACACAGAAAUUGUUGACUGGUACAACGUAAGAGUCCUGCCCGGCAAGUAUCAAGCAUUGCCAGCAUUGGCAAUUAAGUGCUCCCUUGCGGGGAUCAGGCCAAAGGAUGAGAAAUGGAGCCAAAGUGCAACUGUUUUCUUUUCAAAAUCAGUGGAAGACAAGAUACUGGAUAUGCAUGUUUCUGCAAAGUCUGAAGGUAAAUAUCUCAUCCAGUUGACUGAUUCAUCUGCUCAUGGGGAGAAAAAUAUCAACAGGACGCUUUGCAUUGCUGGUUUUGCAGAAAAUGAUGAUCCUUGCAAACUUGUGUCUAAGCCUUUGAAAAGGUCUCUCAUUUUUCCAAGCAUGCAAACCACAGGACAGUGUCCUGGCACAGACAAGGUCAGACCUGUUGGGAACCAAGCGCUGUCUGCCAACAUUCCUACUGUGACUGAGAUCAGGUCUGUUUUCAAGGAACAUUUGUUUCCUAUAGGAAGUUCUGUUGACGUUAAUGUGUCUUACAUCGAGAGCCCAAAUGACUUUUGGUGUCAAAUAGCACAAAAUUCAGGGAGUCUAAAUUUGCUAAUGAAAGACAUUCAGACUUACUAUGCUGACAGUGAGUUCCAGCAGCCUUUGGAACCAGCCUGUAUUGCUCGCCAUCCUGACAAUCGCAUGUGGUACAGAGCGCUUGUCAUUCAAAAGCAUGCAUCUCCACAUGUUGACGUGUUGUUCAUAGAUUAUGGCCAAACACGGAAAGUUUCUUUGCAAGACUUACGACCCAUAAAUCCAACUUUUCUGAAUUUGAAAGGUCAAGCUUUUCGAUGCAGUCUAUACAAUUUGAUCCAUCCUGCUGGUCAUUCUGCUUUGGAAUGGAGUGACGCUGCCAUGUCUGAGUUUGAAAACUUUGUUGAUUCUGCAGCUUCCACUCAUGUUGGCUUGAAGUGCACCAUAUAUGCAGUUAUGUACGACUCCCAAAAAGUGGUCUUCAAUGUUGUUGACCUUGAAACACCUUUUCAGAGUGUUUGCAGCUUGCUAGUUCAGAAAGGGUUAGCAGACCGCGCACCUCCAAAAAAGGUCCCUCUUCCGCCCUUCCGGUUGGACACGUAUUACUAUUCAACACACAACAUCAAAACUGGGGGAGAAGAGGAGGUGUGUAUAACUAGCGUGAAAAGUGUUGACCUCUUUUAUUGCCAGUUGGGAAGGAAUUCUGACUUGAUAGAAGAACUGUCAGAAAAAGUCAGUUAUCUUUGCCAUCAGCUGCAAUGUGUCAAUUGUCCCCAAACCUUUGGCACAGUGUGCUUCGCAAAGUACACUGAUGGACAGUGGUAUAGAGGACAGAUUAAGUCUACACAUCCAACAAUCCAGGUGCACUUUGUGGACUAUGGUGACACACUGGAAAUGAAGAAGACUGAUCUGCUCCCAAUUCCAAUUGAAGCCAGUGAAAUUAUGUCUGUGCCUGUUCAAGCUGUGGAGUGUGCACUCUCUGAUGUCCCAACAGAUGUGUCAAGUGACAUCAACAGUUGGUUUACCAGAAAGGUUACUGGCCAUUCCUUCAGAGCACUGGUAGUUGCAAAGGAGCCAUGUGGAAAAUUAAUAGUGGAACUUUAUGAUGGAAAAACCCAACUGAAUGCACAGAUCAAAGAGAACUUUAAAAUUGAGACACAGAGAAAACAUAACUUGCCACAUGAACAACUUGAUGUCACAUCCAAGAACAUGAAAGGUUCAUUUGUUAGGCAAGAAGAGAACAUGAAGCCCAUUGAUGAUUAUAAGCCUAAACUGGUGCUGCAAAACACUGAGGACAGAAGGAAGAAAGAGAAAAUCAAGCCAGCAUUUGAGAACAGUGACAGGGGGUUCAGACAGAAGCAAGAAUCUAUGAGAAAAUACAACCAUGUUGGAAUUCAGUGGGAACCGUCCGAAGCUAGAAAAUCUGAAAAUCCUCAAAAACUGCCAACUUCUCAGUCAGAUUCUGAGCAGAAUGAAGAUACUACAAGGGCAGCACAUCAACACAUUUCUAAACUUGAAGAUCUCCCAUUAAAAUUCAUAAAACCUGGUCUGUUAUCAGAAGUCUACAUUUCACAUUGUAAUAGCCCAUCAAGUUUUUUUGUCCAGUUCACAGAAGAUGAAAACAAAAUUGUCUCUGUUGUGGAAGAACUAAAUGAAAAACUAUUAGCGGUCACACCGGUGGAUAUAAGUAAAUUGCAGCAAGAUGAUUUGGUGAGUGCAAUGUUUCCAGAUGAUGGCUUCUGGUAUCGGGCAGUUGUAAGAAGCAGAUUACGAAAUGAUAUUGUGAAUGUGGAGUUCAUAGACUUUGGAAAUACAGCGACAGUUGUGUCUUCAAAUAUUUGCAGACUUGACAAACAGUUCCUUGACCUUCCCAGGUUCAGCACACAUUGCUCACUAAGUGGAGUAUGCGGCAUCAAUAAGGAAGAUGAGUGGGACGAAGAAGUUGUGUCAAAAUUUAGAAAAGCUGCAGGAGAAAAUGCAGAGAAGAAGCUUACAUGCAGAUUCGUUCAACAGACGGGAUCUAUGUGGGAGGUCACUCUUGAAGAUGAGGGUGUAAUGCUAGCACAUACAAUACUUGACAGUGGCCCCACAGUAACAUCAAUGUCAAAGAAACCUCAAAGCUCUACCUUGGAGAACACGCUUCCUGAGAAAUCAAAUGAUUAUGAAAUGGAUAUCACAACAUCAAUCUACAAAACGCCUAAUAUUUCAGAGGGACAGGCUUUUGAGGUUUAUGCUACAUCCGUAGUUGGUCCUGACCACUUCUGGUGCCAGUAUGCACAUUCAGAUGAGCUUAAGAUGAUCUCUGAACUUGUUGAAAAAGUGGGAAACUCGGGAGAAGACAGAGCUUGGAAUACUGCUUGGUCAGAUGCAUUACAUUCUGGAAGUCCAUGCCUUGCUCAGUUUUCAGAGGAUGAACAGUGGUAUCGUGCCGAGGUGAUAACUGUUAAUGAGAAUAUCCUUUCAGUUCUUUUCGUGGAUUAUGGAAACGAAUCAGACGUUGACCAAACCAGUGUAAAACCAAUACCACCUCUCUUAUUGAAAAAACCGCCUCAGGCCUUCUUGUGUCAGCUGGAAGGAUUUGAUCCCUCACAAGGCUUCUGGGAUGACCAUGCAGCUGAUCAUUUCUUUGGUCUGCUCUCAGAUGAAGCCUUGCAAGUGACCAUUCUGAAAGUACAGAAUGUUAAGGAUCAUAGGACCGCUCCUUAUCUAGUCAGAGUUGAAUGCAAAGGAGAAGCGAUAAAUAGCACAAUGAAAGACUACUGGAACCAUUACACCCUACUUGAUAAAAGCAACUUAUCUGAAAAUGACAAACAGUCUUUCUCUGAAGUUAAUGUCCCGCUUGAAAUUCCCUCACUGGGGGCAGCUGAGGACAAUUUAAUUCAACAAAACAUCACCAUGGAUGUAAGUCCUGAACAUUUUGACAGAACUGCAGCUUUGCUCCCAGAUGCAGUUCCACAGUGUUUCGGAAACAAAAAUGAACCAAAGGAAUCUAAUGAAAUGCUUGAAACGCAACUGGAAAUUCCAGUCAACAUUGUGCCUAUGGAGAACAGGUUUAUUAAAGAGGACUUGGAAUUAAUGAGCGUUUCAGAGUGUGUGAUGGGUUUUAACAGUGUACAGUACACAGCACCAUCUGUCAGGGAUGAAGAAAGGAGUGAUAGUGAAGACAUCCCAGGAGAAGAAAAUGACGCUGAGUCAGUCACAGUGGAUCCAAGUAGGAACCCAAUCUUGCCAAUUCACCACAGGAAGGACUCUGCUGAGACGAGCUUUAAUUUUAUUGACAUUACAGACUCUGCUUCAGAGACCUCCAAUGUAACGUCAACCAGUGAAGACCUACCUGUUUGUCCUCCUGAAAUUCCUGUACUGGAAGAGCGUGCAGAAUGUGUUUCUGAAGGGACUAAUAAGGCUGAAGUUUCUUGUGAAACAAGAACAGUUUCACAGGAGAAGGCUGGUGGCAUUGACACAUGCCUUGCUGUGUCUAAACCAGAAGACUGUACCCUUGCUCCAUCAGAGGAAACUGAUAUCCUUUUUGAGACAGGGAGCGCAUCAGUCGCUGAACAGACCUGUGCAAUGGAUGAAAGUGAUCCCCUGCUGUACAAGGUAGAUGAGAGCUUCGAUGAACUCUCAGUCUUGAAUGAAGACCAGUGCCCUGAUGUAUGUACAGAUAGUGACAUAUAUGAAGAGGUUUUUAAACAGUGCACAGCCCCAGUGCCUAAGGAUGUAGGACCAGUGCUUGCAUUGCCAGAUCAAAGCUUUCAAAAUGAGGAUGUCGAGGAAGACCAUGUUUCAGGAACUGAGUCUGAAUUCGGCAACCUGAAGAAGGCUGAAAAACUUUGUGUAGGGUCGCACUGUGUUGUCUGGUCCUAUGCUCACGGGUUUUGGUGCAAAGGAAAGAUUGUGAAAAUAUCUGAGGAUUCUGCACAGGUAUUGCUUUUGGAAGAGGAAGAAGAGGCAAUUGUAGACCUUCAGAACAUCUUCGAAACAGUAUCUGAAACACAAGUUCAGGUUUUGGGUGAAAGUGUCCGAGCCGGGGCUAUGGUGCAGCAGUCACAUGAGGAACAGAUGUCCCGCGUGACCCAUCUUGUUCUGAAAGUUGAAGAUUCUGAUGAUGAUGUCAUAUUUGUCGGGGAGAUGCAGGUUCCCAAGCCGCAGGUUCAGGAAAUGGAUGGAAACAGAGAAGUGAUCUGA